GUGGGCGUGUCCAGCGAUGACCAGGGGAUCCCGGCAAGCAACAUGACUAAAAAGAAGCGGGAGAAUCUGGGCGUCGCUCUAGAGAUCGACGGGCUGGAGGAGAAGCUGUCCCAGUGCCGGCGGGACCUGGAGGCCGUGAGCUGCCGGCUGCACAGGGCAGAGCUGAGCCCCGAGGACAGGAGGUCUCUGGAGAAAGAGAGAAGCAGCCUCAUGAGCAGAGCUUCUAACUACGAGAAGGAGCUGAAGUUGCUUCGGCAGGAGAACCGGAAGAACAUGCUGCUUUCAGUGGCCAUCUUCCUCCUCCUGGCCGUGCUCUAUGCCCACUGGACCAUGUGAGUCCGGGAUUCUCCCAGGACCAGGCGGGUCCUCCCGAGGGCGUGGGUGCCGGCACCUUGCACACUUGGGCGUUCACCUGAGGCCGCCCGUGGCCCGGCCCCCAGCCAGACCUGCUCAGCUCUGGGUGUUGGAAGGAGGGUGCUGGCUCCCCCUCUGCCCCACGGACAGGCAAUAAAGAACACCAGGCCAAGGAGAGCUGAGUAAA